GAGGUUGUAGCGCGGCAAUAGAGGCCGAGCUGAUCAGUCUGCGCGAUUCCGUCGAGCGGUGAACGUCGUCGUCGCCGUCGUUCUAUCCUCUCAGUCUGUUUAACUUCUCCCUACCUCUCUUUUCGCCUCUCCUCUCGCUUUCGCAAAGUCGAGCAAGCAUUUUCGUGACUGCCCUUUUUUUCCUCCCCCCCCUCGUUGCAUCGUUUCCGAUCAACAGACGCAAGGAUAAUCGAGUCGUCGUUUCGAGAGGUGCAUUCGAUCGAAAAAGAAUCGAUUUGCUGAUACGGCAGAAACUCUCCCGAGCACAGAUGGUCAGAGGGUCGUUGCCUGAUAUCGCAGUGACGAUGGCAUCGGGAAGGGAAAUUUAUGGCGCAUUCAGUUUAAUCGUGGACGACGUCGACUCGCACUCGAUGUCCAGCGAAAAUUCCGAUCUGGACGGUUUAUCGAACGUGAGCAGUUCCCAAAAUUCCUCGUCCCAAACGCCGCUGGAUAGCCCGGGCGGGCCGAGAGAGAAAAUCAAACAGAUGCAAGUGGAAGCGGAAACGAGGAGAGGCGAAUUUGCCAGGUUACUCGAGGAACACGCUCAAGUCGUGAGGAAGUUGAAAAUGAUGGAAGCCGAGGAACAGCUGUCGGCGAGCGGAAACGUGGUCGGUGCCACACACGCAUGAUUCCGUCCUUAAUCAGGCAGAGAAUGAUCGUGGAAUUGGGACCACCGAUUCUUUAAGCGCGAUGGAAGAAUUUAUGAAAAAUGUUUUUCAGACGAUGAACAAUGUUCGAGAAAGAUGUGAAGUUUAUUAUUUUUCCUUUUUCUUUUCAUUUUUUUUCUUUUUCUUCUUCAAAGUCGUCUGUAUUUCCGUCGCGAACUUCUUGAUUUCUGUAAACUGUAAGUUUCGCUAUCGUUCCUCCGAGAAAACGUAGAAAUUCGAGGUGGAACGAAGCAAUUUAGAGAGUUUUCGUUAAAUUUGAAGAAUAAAAGGGUGGUUAGGUAAACGGAAAACGAAUAUUUUUACGCUUCCUCUAGAUCUCGAAGCGAAGCUGCGUUCCUGCUUCUCAUCGUUUUUAGAAUCUGGUGUUCGCGGGAAACGAGUACGCGGGUAAAAAUAAAAACUAUUACACGAGUCUCGACUAAAUAGCUCAUUAAUUUAGGAGAAAAAAAGAAGAAGAAAGAUCUCGCGUAACAUUCAGAGAUUAGUCGAUUUUCGGGAGGGCAAUUCGGUUUCUAGGUUUAUCGUAAAGUCUGAAACACUUCUAGUUACGACAAUAACGAAAAACAGUCGGUGUACAUUCGUGAAUGCUUAAUAAAUCAAGAGAAUAACAAAUGUACCCGAUGUAAAUAUACAGCAAAGAUAAAAGUGGCUGGCCUAAGCGUAGUACAAACUUUUGAGAAACUUUGUGCUAAACCAGAAUAGUGUAAAGCUUUUGGGUCCGAGCACCGUCUUCGACACGCUAACACUUAAUAAGCGGAUAGAAUACAUCAUCGUCAUUUCCAAACGAAACGUCGUCAUUGUAACUAUGUAAUUGUAGUGAAUUUUAACGAAGUACAAGCUUCUAACGUUUUAUAGCAUUGUAUAUUUGAGUGUUCCAUAAAAUAUUGUAAGCUAGUUUUAUAUUACCGUAAACGUGCGUACGAUAGCAUAGGAUUUCAAGCCUGGCCGUAUUACACGCAAACUUUCUGUAAAUAGAUUUCCUUUCUAACAAGAUGCAUCAUCCAACUAAGGUGUUGCUCGUCCACGAGAUGCUUUCUAUAACGUUAGGAUAUGCAAUAAUAUAAAUCAACAGAGUAGAACACUCUUUACUUUGUUAUAUUUUAUAAACUAUAGAGAGAGAAAAAAAAAAAAAUGGUUCACUUUGAAUAUGGACCAAUGAAUUAAAGAGUACAACAUUUGCUUGUAUCUCCGUGUGAAUAUUGCGUCAGGUUUGCAUCCACUUAAAAGGAUAGACACUGUUAGGCAUUUAUAGAGAUACACAUAUAUUAUACAUAUAUGUAUAAAAAUAUAUGAAUAAACUUGUGUUACAACGGUAA